CGUGCAGUGUGCGUGCCUCCCGCCAUCUUUACAGCAGCCGGCUUACGGGAGUGAAACACGUUGCUGGAAAAUAACUAGUUUUACUCCAUAUAGUUGCCUCUAAACGUCGGCCCUUUUCUAUUUUCUCCGCAGGAGGGAUAGUGGAGCCGAGAAGGCCUCCGCAGGUGCGAGCGCCCGUCAGUCCCGCCCUCCAACAUGGCGGAUAAAAACACCAGGAUCGCCAUCGUCAACCACGACAAGUGCAAACCUAAAAAAUGCCGUCAGGAGUGCAAGAAGAGCUGCCCGGUGGUCCGCAUGGGUAAACUGUGCAUCGAGGUGACGUCUCAGAGUAAGAUCGUCUGGAUCUCAGAGUCUCUGUGUAUCGGCUGCGGCAUCUGCAUCAAGAAAUGUCCGUUUGGAGCGUUGUCCAUCGUGAACCUUCCCAGCAACCUGGAGAAAGAAACGACCCACAGAUAUUGUGCCAACUCCUUCAAACUGCACAGGCUGCCUAUUCCCAGGCCCGGGGAGGUUCUGGGUCUGGUGGGGACCAACGGUAUCGGGAAGUCCACGGCUCUGAAGAUCCUGGCUGGAAAACAGAAACCCAACCUGGGGAAAUACGACAAUCCUCCCGACUGGCAGGAGAUCCUGACCUACUUCAGAGGUUCUGAGCUGCAGAACUACUUCACCAAAAUCCUGGAGGACGACCUGCGGGCCAUCGUCAAGCCCCAGUACGUGGACCAGAUCCCCAAAACCGUGAAGGGCUCGGUGGGGGCCAUCCUGAGCAGGAAGGACGACAUGGACACUCAGAACAUCGUCUGCGAUCAGCUCGAUCUGACUCACCUGCGGGAGAGGAACGUGGAGGAUCUGUCCGGGGGGGAGCUGCAGAGGUUCGCCUGCGCCGUCGUCUGCAUCCAGAAGGCCGACAUUUUCAUGUUCGACGAGCCGUCCAGCUACCUGGACGUCAAACAGCGUCUGAAGGCCGCCAUCACCAUCCGCUCGCUCAUCACGCCGGACAGAUACAUCAUCGUGGUGGAGCACGACCUGAGCGUGCUGGACUACCUGUCAGACUUCAUCUGCUGCCUGUACGGAGUCCCGAGCGCCUACGGAGUCGUCACCAUGCCCUUCAGCGUCCGAGAAGGCAUCAACAUCUUCCUGGACGGUUACGUUCCCACAGAGAAUCUCCGGUUCCGUGAAACCUCGCUGGUCUUUAAGGUGGCAGAAACGGCCAAUGAGGAGGAGGUGAAGAGGCUCAGGCAUUACCAGUACCCGGACAUGGAGAAGACGAUGGGCGAGUUUUCUCUGGGAAUCAAAGGAGGAGAGUUCACGGACUCGGAGAUCAUGGUGAUGCUGGGGGAGAACGGGACGGGGAAGACCACCUUCAUCAGAAUGUUGGCCGGAGGGCUCAAACCCGACGGAGGAGGUGAAGUUCCCAUCCUGAACGUCAGCUACAAACCUCAGACCAUCAGCCCCAAGUUUAAGGGCAGCGUCCGAGCUCUGCUCCACGAGAAGAUCCGGGACGCCUACACUCACCCCCAGUUCAUCACCGACGUGAUGAAGCCACUGCAGAUCGAGAGCAUCAUCGACCAGGACGUCCAGAACCUGUCCGGUGGUGAGCUGCAGAGAGUCGCCCUCACUCUGUGUCUGGGGAAACCGGCCGACGUUUACCUGAUCGACGAGCCGUCGGCGUACCUGGACUCUGAGCAGAGGUUGAUGGCUGCCAGAGUCAUCAAGAG